UCCCUCAACUGGGCGCCUCCACUGUUUUGCUCUCUGUUGAAAGAAACUAUGAAUGUAGCUUUAUAAGUCCACCUGCGUGCUCGCUUCGUUUCACACCUGUCCGUCGAGGCUCGCGAGUUGGGCGCGAAAAACUUGUGUGUAGUAAGUUUGCAGCAGCUGGAGCCGGGGAAAGCCAUUGAGGAGUCCCAGUGGCGCGGAAAAGUAUUCAAACAGCACUUUGCGUAACUCAAGUAUUGCAAUUGUGAAUUCAUUAUGACCGCGGCGAUCUAAUAAUUAAAAGUGAAACUUCUUCGUUUGGGCCCCUCUUUUUUCGCUUUUGCCGUGAGUUUUUAUUUCGAAGAGUGCGGCCAAGGAAUUUCCUCGGAUCACACGGGAGUUGAAUAAGGUCUAAGCUCCUGAAAAGAGUUUGGUUUUCUUGUGAAUUUGUGGAUGCGAAAAUGCAUGGAGAUUUGUGUAAAGUACUCUGGAAGAUUAUUCUGUGGAUGCUAAUUUAAAGUAAAAGAAAUUGUUUUAGGUGUUUCUGUUAGUGGUUACAUUGCGUAUGUGAUGCAAAAGAAGUGCUCUAUGAGUGAUUUUUCUAACUGUUGUGCACUUAACAGCUUCUUCUGUGGUGACAGAAAUUCCACCUCAGACCCAUCUUCCUGUAUCAAAUAAAUUUGUGGUGGGAAUAUUUUACAAAAAAAAAAUUAAGAGAGACUUUCAUCCACUGAAAAACCAUUAGAAUUUGUGCAGAAAUCUCAGUGGAAAGAUCAGCAAAAUGUGUCAAAUGAGAUUGCGCCAGAUUGCCUUCUACCUUUUCGUCAUAGUCCAGAUCACCGCAUGCUGGGCAGACGCCAUUGAAUCCUCCACAGAUGUUAGCGUGACUGGGCAUGUGACGAGUAGUGUGAGUAAAACAGGAGGAAAUAGGACACACAUUAAACCCACACCCAAGAUCUUUGUGCCAGUGAGCCAUCAGACACCGUCCAAGGUGCAAAAGAGGGCAGAAGAUGCAAAGACUGCAGCAUCGUCCAUAGAAAGUCAAAAUCAAAGUCGAGAAGCCCUAUCACACGAAGGGAGUGAUCCGGUUGUUUAUCUAUCAGACACCGCAGGAUAUAUCCCAGUUACACCGAUUAGAACAAGAAUCCCAGCAGCAACUUCCUACCACACAGGUGCAUCAGUCGAUUUGGAAACUUGGCGCCCUGAUCCUUGGGAUAGAGACUACACGAGGCGCUACCGUUUCAAUAAUACAAGAGUCCAACACAUCGAAGCCGAAUGCCAGGAUGAUUACAUGAAGAUCCGAAUCGGAUUUAAUGGUUCAUUUGCUGGCCUUCUAUAUUCAGCAGGAUAUGCAUACGAUCCCGAUUGUAUGUACAUCAAUGGUUCCGGAAGGGAUUACUAUGAAUUCUACAUUCAGCUCAAUCGAUGUGGAACACUGGGGAAGAAUGCUCAUGGAGAGGAUAGUCGAAAGAAUCCAACAAAGAAUUUCAUGUGGAAUACCAUCACGGUUCAAUACAAUCCACUGAUUGAGGAGGAAUUUGAUGAGCAUUUUAAGGUCACGUGCGAGUAUGGUUAUGAUUUUUGGAAGACGGUGACCUUCCCAUUCUUAGAUGUGGAAGUAGCCACGGGGAAUCCAGUUGUUUUCACUUUAAGCCCACCGGAGUGUUAUAUGGAAAUACGGAAUGGUUAUGGAAUUAAUGGGGCAAGGAUCGCAGGGCCAGUUCGAGUUGGAGAUCCCCUCACGUUGAUCAUCUACAUGAGGAGCAAAUACGAUGGGUUCGAUAUUGUCGUUAAUGAUUGCUACGCUCACAACGGGGCCAACAAAAGGAUACAAUUAAUUGAUGAAUUUGGCUGUCCUGUGGAUGAUAAGCUGAUCUCCCGUUUCCGAGGAUCGUGGUCUGAAAGUGGAAUUUACGAGACACAAGUCUUUGCUUACAUGAAAACCUUUAGGUUUACUGGAUCACCAGCACUCUACAUUGAAUGCGAUGUGCGAAUGUGUCAUGGAAGAUGUCCUAGUCAACCGUGUCACUGGAGGAACCUCAAGAGUGUGGCUAAGAGAGAGGUCGUGAACCAGACAGCUGUGGAGAGUGAGCCACCAAGUCGGGACACCAUCUCUGACAAUAUAAGCCUCUUCCAAUCACUGCGGGUACUGCAGGAGGAGGAUGAUGAUUACCUGGAUGGUGCUUCAAAUGAUAAUUUAGCCACAAGACGUGAAAGCCCGAAUGAGACAUGUCUCAAAACAUCCCUGUUAUUCACACUUGUGGCCACAAGUUGUGCUGUGAUCUUCGUUCUUGCCGGAUCACUACUGACCACGUGCACGAAGCUCAAGUAUAGAAAAUCCGAUGCGGGUUUCUAUGAUGCCUACGUGAACCACAAAGGACAAAUUGAGUGAUCACCCAUCGUCUUCACGCAGCAUUUUUUGUGAUCAAAAGACAACCCACCACCAGACUAUUAGUCGAGUUCGUCAAAAUUCUUCAGAAAUCAGGAUAAACAGGACAUCACAGGAUCAACGUGGAUUUAUUUAAAACAUUGAUUUUUUCGUUGUAAAUAAUUUCUCUUUAGAUUAAUUUCUUUUCAAGUAUGGCAUUUAAGUGAUCUCCCCUUGAAUGCAACACGUGAACUGAUGAUUUUUAAAAUUAAUUAGCUAUUAUAUAAUUCUCUAAAAUCGCAUAAUAUAAAUUAGUGAUUCCGGUAGCGAGGCAGAGGAAGAGGAAGCCCGGAAGAAUUGAAUUUUUCAAAGCUUCUCUAGGGAAAAAACGAAUUUGAGCCAGAAAAAUUUCCUCUGAUACAAUCUAACACGAAUUUUCUCCAUGAAAACAAAGAAUAAAACAAAUUAGAUUUUUUUGUUAGAUCAGUCAGAAAAUUUAUUUUCUUUAAAACUAUUACUACAAAAUGUUUACAGGUGUGUAACGUUGUGCAUGAGUAGGUUUUUUGCGUUAUCUUUUAUUACCUUUUUUAUACAAAUAAAUUAAAUCAAGAUUGAGAAUGAAGACGUGAGAGGUUUAUAUAAGGUCUUAUUUAGUAGGAAAGAAUUGAGGUUUUUUGAGUCAUAUAAUGACUUAGGAAAAGCUCUGUAUUCGCUUUUCUCGAUGAGAAAGUUGUCCAGCUGAAAAUUUUCUUAAUUUUUAAUGAUUUUCUGAUUUUUGAUAAAUUUAAAAUUUAACGAAAAAAUAAAUUUUCUUUCGACCGUAAAGAAUAAUUCUUCCUGGCUACAUCUUCCUCCCCUACACGCACUGCCCUAUUUAUUGUUUAAGAUGCUAGAUUUAAGAUUUUGGGCAAAUUGGUCUUAGGAAACUUAUUUAAUGCGACAUGAAAGUGUCAUAGGACAUAAAAUCGCGGGAAAAACGGUGAUGGUAGAUGUAAGAGAAUUAAAAUUGUUGUAAAUAGGAAUUUAAUAAAUAAAAUUUCACAGAAUAAA